AUGGGCUGGAAUAUCAACACUGGCAGUGGUGUCCUAGUAGCAUUCAAUGGUUAUGAAGCAUGCCCUGUGGUCAUCUGUGGGAGGGAACUCUUUGCAGACUUUCUGGUGAUUGGUUUGCUGAGCUUUGAUGUAGUAUUUGGGAUGGAUUGGUUGUGGUCUUUCUUUGCCACCAUUGAUUGUCACCGUCAGAGCAUAGUAAAUGAGAUACCGGAUCACCCGAGGUUUGAGUUCCUCAGUGGUAGAACAUCGGCCGGACCUAUAGAGUACAGAGCUAGACCGAAGAAGGCAAUGUUAGCUACAAUGCAAGUAGAAUCCGAGAAGCCGGUUAUAGUUCGAGAAUUUGAAUAUGUGAUUCCUGACGAUAUUUACGGAUUACCACUGGAUCAGACAAUUGAGUUUUUCAUAGAUUUAAAGCCGGGAGUUGCUCCGAUCUCCAAGACUCCUUAUCGUAUGCCUCCGGCUGAGCUGGCUGAGCUUCAGACUCAGUUGGAUAAUCUUUUGCAGUAA